ACACACGCGCAGCUUAUUGGUGCGUCACCAUGCACCAAAUGCGUGUCGCGCCGUCAAACAGCUAGAAACGCGAGAGCAUAUUUGCAAGAUUUGCAUGGUAGGUGAGCUGGACUCAGUUCUGCUUCGCGAGGAAUUGUCAUUUGCGAACUUCCGCGCUCCAGUCCAGUCACCGAUCGGCGCCUCGCUGCUAACGUCGCCACUAACUCCUCUACCUCAAACCAUGCAAACCGCCCUCGUCCUCGUCACCAAGCAGACCGCACUCGCGCUAGCACCGCGCGUUGUGACCAUGGCCCCGGUCCUUCAGGUCGCCGUCAUGAGCACGCAGCGUGCACUAACCACGCAAGCGCAGGAGAACCGGCGCCCCGUGCUCUUCCGCAAGGACGACGAAAAGGAGAUGCGGAAGUUGCUGCGGAAGAUGCAUCUGCAAGCCUGUUACAAUGACAAGACGGGCUUCCGCAACCAGAUUGAGCACGACAAGCAAACACUCGGCGAGAUCCCCGGCCUCGUGCCUGGUGUGGAUCUGACGCAGGAGCAAGUGGAUGCACUUUUAAACUGGAAACACCUGCACUAACGUGACGAGGGUCCAUGGUUUUUGCGAAGGAGGGGAUGUAGCUCUGGUGUUCUCUAGCUCUCGGCUCCGUUGAGACGGAGCCACGGCAGCUUCAACGCCUCAGCUAUCGCCUGCCUCCUCCACAUCCGACCGGGUUCACCUCCGACCCCGGGCGGUAGCCUUGUCGUUCCAAUUUGGAGCUGCUGCCGCUACCGCCCGCCGCCCCAGGCCCGCCUUACGUAGACCUCCUUGCUACACUUGCAUGUCCAUUUACUCCUCCGCUCUCCCCGCGACGCGGCCCGCAACGCAACGACGAUGCUUUACGUUUGAUAGCAGCAUCCUACAAUCGAAUUUGGCAGUGAUCCAUCAUCUUGUAGUUUCUUUCGACUGGGAGAUCAAUAAAUUUUCAACAUGAGGACUAUAGUGUCUGUGUUCGAUCGAGG